GUCUCUUACAGAGGCCCAAUCAGUCAGGGAAGCCCCACUUUGCAGGCCAAAGGAGUUUUGCCCAAACACAGGCAUACCCUCCACCACACCCAGUGAGAAUUAGGACAGAGCGUUAUUAUCCCUUUGGCGGGAAAGUGAUUUGUUCAACGUUUUAAGCCAUUGGGUCAGCUGUGGAGCCCUUGAAAGGGGGGCCAAAGUUCUAAUUCAGGCAACUUUCAGCGAUGCUGCAGAGCACGUGGCAAGCCUUUCCUAGUCCCUCUGUCUUCCCCUUCUGGCUGUCUCUUCCUCUCUCCAGCGUUGUGGAGGUCCCUCGUCUUUGGGCAAAGGGCUCCUUGAGAAGCCCUUCAGCUGCUGCCCCUCUCAGGCCCGGUGGAGCUCCUGCAGCUUCCCGCCUGAACUGGUGCCUGAGCCGUCUUGGGCGUGCGAGAGGGAGGAAGGGACGGGGGGGGGGCGCUGAGCGUUGCUGCUGCUGCUGCUGCCCAAAGUCACCGAGAGUCACCGAGGUAGCCAGAAAUAGCUUUGCUUGCUGGGCUCGUCCCUGUGCGCAGAGUGAAACCGUGAACCGAGGAGAGGAGAAGGGUGCGCUGCUGAGUAGCCCCCGCGCGAGCAGGAGAGGCGCGGUUGCUAGGAGACCGGCCGGUGCCGGCGGACGGCUUUGCCCGAAGCAGGUACCGGAGGAAGGAGCAGCAGCGUCGCGGGUGCCUUCUCCGUGGCCCGCCCGGACGUGCCCGUCCGCCCGCCCCGCUCGAGGGCUCACGAGACCCUCCAGCUGGGAAAGGAGAGCCGGCGCUCGGUCGGCUCGAGGGGUAGAGAUCCGGGGCUGUGGCCGCGAGCCUGGGAAGAAGAGCCGGCGGGGGGAACCUUGCAAUCCAUGCAGAGUCUGGAAAGGCCAGGCUGGCCGACAGCUCUGGAGAAAGGUCCAAGUGAUGGAACAGAACGUCACCGAGGAUGGGGAUGGGGACACCCAGCACAGUGUGUACAUGCUAUUCCUGCUGGUUCUGGUCUUCUUUGUCAUGGGCCUGGUGGGAUUCCUCAUCUGCCAUAUCCUGAAGAAGAAGGGCUACCGCUGCCGGACGUUCCGUGAUGAGCUGGAACCUGACAACAAGGAACCAUUGACCCCAACAGAAGACGGUGAGGAUGAGGAGCUAAAUGAGGACACCGUAGAGAAGAUAGUGAAAUGCAUAAUUCAAAAUGAAGCAAAUGUGGAGGUCCUGAAGGAAAUGCUGGCAGAAGGUGACACUGACCCUCCCAUGCCUGUGCCAGUGCCCAGUGGUCUCUGUCCACAUCGCAUCAGCCAAGAUGGUGGGUUGCCACACCAUCACACGGUGCACUUGGGCUCAGCACAAGCGCCUUGCAUUCAUUGCAUCAAGAAAAAGAGGCACCCUUUGCAUCGUCAGGGCCGGUCCAAGGAAUCCAAAAGCAAGAUGCAUCCUGGGGAGACCACUGUAUUCUCUGUUGGCAGAUUCCAUGUUACCCACAUUGAAAAGAAGCUUGAUUCCCAUGGAUCACAGGAAGAGUCUUUCCGAAGUAGCAAGCAGGACCUUGGCUCUGCUGAUACAGACCAGGAGAUCCACAACAAUGAGAAACCCCAAUGGGAUGGGUCUCAGAAUGGAGUAGUUCAGAUGGAUGGUCUUCUGCAAGGAACAGUUCAUCAGGCAGAUACUCAGAGUGACAGAGGAGCAAAUGAAGAUCAUGUACAUGAGUCAGCUCAAGAGAAUAGUCUCUCGAAUGUGACAGCCGAUUCAGAAGUUUCCAUGAAUGGACCAGAGAGGAAAGAAUAUUCUAAAGCAAGCUUGUUGCAACCAGCAGGCCUCCUAGGUACUGUCACAGGCUGUACAUCUGAAACUAACUGUUCUGCACAACCCAAAAGCCUUUGCUCAGAAGACCUAAAGAAGGUAGAGAGGCUGGACAAGAGUCCUGAUACCUGUGAGGAUGAGGGUAUUGAAAAGGGAGCUAGUGAAAUAUCAGAAAAUAAAGGAAAUCAAGUUUUUCAGCCAGGAAGCAAACUAGAUAUAUCUGGAACUGCGAUCACUCAAACAAGCAACAAAGAAAUCCAGGAGCAGAGCUCAGUGAUGAAGGACCCAGGAGUAUCUGUGUGACAUCCUAGCCACUCAAGGCUGCCAAAUAGAGUGAUGCAUAUAAAGCUGACAUGCAGCUUAACAAAAAUAAGACUGCCAAAUCAAGCUGGGCCUGAGCCAGUAAAGGUAUUGUGUGCUUGGUAUAUCCAGACUGACACCAGGAUGUGAUGCUUCAACCAGUAAAACUACUCCAUUUGGCAAGAUCACCAUCCUCAUCUCAAGAAUUACCCAUAUCACAGCAGAGCAGCUUCCUAUAGGGUCAGGACCGUGUCCUUGAGUUAUCCACAUGGUUAGAAAUUCCUGCCUCCUCGUUCCCUUCAAAGCUUUGCUGAAGUUCAUAUUUUGCAGCCAUAUAUCUUGUGAGAUGAUAGAACCCGCCAGCAUUCCUCAAAUGGCAGAAGUCCCAUGUUUCAUCAUGAUGGGGUGCUGUUAAGAAUCCCACAUUUGUCUCCUGUGAACUGAAGCUCUCAGCUGCUGAUGGAGGAAGGCAACUAAUAGAAAUGAUCCCUGCCCACUGCUCAUUUCUCCUUACACUAUUCCCAAGGAAUUCUAGGUGAUCCGACCAUGAAGUGCCUCUGAACCAUUCACUUUUUGGUUAGGCUCCUGCGUUGAGAUAGGAUGGCUAUCAAAUCCGAUUCCAGAUGGUACAAUUUCAGUAACAACAUUGUUCUCCUGCAUGCCAGUCAGGUCUGAGAAGAGAACCAGUGUUUUAAAAUGAAGCUGAGUUCCAUGGUCCUUGCUUCUAGCUAAGACUCAGGGGUUAGGACAGUUACAGUAAUCGGAAUGUCCUCUCCCACCCUGUCCAGAAAACAAGCAGACCUGAAAUUAAUGUAAGGCUGGAAGUUGGGCCCUAAAUUGCCCAAAGAGGAUGAGCUAGGCAGCUUCGAACUUUUCCUAUUAUAACUCAGGGGCUGCCUUUUUUUCUCUUAUUGUAUAAAGUUCUGCCUCAUUUAGUAUAGGAGGAGGGUCCUUCCCUCUGGACUGCAAUAAUUACACACAUUAGGCGCUCUCCGUCCUAAUGGUUCCCUAUAAGGGUCUUGCUCUGGUUCUAUUAUCCACAUUAUUUCCCAAGGAACAACCAAGCAGCACCUAACCCUGAGCACUGCUGUGGUGCUCAGCCUCAUAUGUGUGGGCACUUGUGUGGAAUGUGUGUUGUUGUUGCUGGUGGUGGUGGGGCUUCGCACAACACAAACCCAUGAAUACCUUCAUGAGAACUCUGGGGUAAGGUUUCCUCCUUAGGAGCAGAAAACUCAACUUGGAGAUCAUCCAGUUAAGAAAUCAUCUGGAUCUCUCCUGCCUUGUUCUUCUAUCCAUCCUAAAUAACCCACCACCACCUCUUUCUUCCCCCUCCAUCUUUUUACGUUCAAAUACAAUGUAAACAAAACAGAAACUAUAUUAAAGGCGCUCAAAAUGUG